AAUGCCUCUGUUCUCGUCCUUGUCAAACCCCAGAGCUCACUGUGGUCAAGCUAACGUCAGUUCACUGCCUCGCUGACAGCAGUUGGUUGUAACGGUAAGAAAACAACACAGCAUGGACGAUGCCACUCACUUAAAGUCACCGCAGAGCUGGUGAAGUAUGAGGAAUGUGUGGAAGACAGUGCCUUCAACACCAGGAGACAUUUAUAUAUAUAUAUAUAUAUUUAAUAUAAUAUCCCCCUGAACGCUGUCGACGACAGUUACAUUAACGGUAAUGUAGCAACGAGCUAACAGCUAGCUAACGUUACUUAACCUGCUGUUUGGUUAACUUAGAAACAGCUUCAGACCAACCUGCCAGCGACUCCAAACAAAGCACCGAGUUAGAGAUAUCAUAGCAUCGGAAACCUUCGUCCUGGUGUCUAAUUAGUAAGCUCUCAGCGCCUGGUGUUGCUGCCACCCCUGCUGUGGUUGAAUUCAUGAGCACGGCCAGUGUCAGCGGUGCGUAGUCCUCGGGGAUGGGGAGUGGAGUACAGGAACAACGGGCAUCACUCACACAGGGAGAAGUGCUGAAGUCAGAAGUGAGUUAUGAGGGCCUUAAGCACACUCGGUCUGUCCUCAUCUCGCUCUUCUCUGGGGCUCUAGCGGGGGCUGUGGCCAAGACAGCUGUCGCCCCGUUGGACAGGACUAAAAUCAUCUUCCAAGUGUCUUCAGCAAGAUUCUCUGCCAAGGAGGCCUACAGGUUGAUCUACCGCACCUACCUGAAGAAUGGCUUCUUCAGUCUCUGGAGGGGGAACUCUGCCACCAUGGUGCGAGUCAUCCCAUACGCUGCCAUCCAGUUCUGUGCACAUGAGCAGUACAAGAGGCUGUUGGGAGGCUACUAUGGCUUUCAGGGGAAAGUCCUGCCUCCAUUACCGAGGUUACUGGCUGGGUCUAUGGCGGGUACCACGGCAACCAUGCUGACCUAUCCUCUGGACAUGGUGCGAGCUAGGAUGGCUGUAACGCCAAAGGAAAUGUACAGUAACAUCAUGCACGUUUUUGUGCGAAUAUCCCGAGAAGAGGGCCUGAAGACAUUGUAUCGAGGCUUUACACCCACAUUACUGGGUGUAAUUCCCUAUGCUGGUCUCAGCUUCUUCACCUAUGAGACACUGAAGAAAUUACAUGCAGAGCGCAGUGGGCGCCCACAGCCCUACUCAUAUGAACGUCUGGCGUUUGGAGCCUGUGCAGGACUUAUUGGCCAGUCGGCGUCUUAUCCUCUGGAUGUGGUACGACGUCGCAUGCAGACUGCAGGAGUCACAGGCCACACGUACGGCACCAUCCUGGGCACCAUGAGAGAGAUUGUAUCUGAGGAAGGGGUCGUCCGGGGACUCUACAAAGGUCUCAGUAUGAACUGGGUCAAAGGGCCCAUCGCAGUGGGGAUCAGCUUCACCACCUUCGACCUUACUCAGAUCCUCCUUAGGAAGCUGCAUCAGAUGGGCUAUAUGGCUCGAUAAUAGCGAUACAGAGAGAAGAAAAUGGGAAGAGUGGGAUCACAAGUUCCCCACUCACCCUCUGGAGAGAAAGGAAGUGAGUGAGUGUAUCAUUGUGUAGAAGCAAACACACACUGGCUCAGGAUGUGUGAUAUUAAUGCAUUCUCUCACUUCAUCUGCGUGCAGCGGGGGAUGUCCAGUCACUGUAGGCGUGAGGUAUGUUGGAUGGUACGGAAUACCUGUACACACUGUUGUCAUGUACAGCUAAGUGCAAUAUGCUCAGUGAUUUUCUGUGUUUUUGUGUACACAUAAAUUAUAACGCUUCUACCCUCGUGGACCAGGCCUGUGAGUGUCAAUCUGACAGUUUAGAGGUUCACACACACACACACACACUAAGGUCUCCCAAUUGCCUUGUAUGUCCGCUUAAAACUGACACCUUCCAAUGCAAUGCAGUUUGCCACUCAUUUAUUAUAAACUUUUUAAGAUGCAUUUGAUUAAAUAACAGCAAAUUUUGAGCCCCUUUGAGAUUAGUUUUGUUGUGAGUCAGUUUGUUUUAAUGAAUUAUACCAAAGGGUCAGAUAUGAGCUAGUGGCAGAUUAUAUGUUUGUGGUGUUUGUAUAUUUAAGCACAAAAGUUCACAGAAUACCACCUGAGAGCAAAAAUCUUGCCCAGCACACAGGUAACAGCAUUGUUACUGCGGUCAGAUGGUCAGUUUUUGUUUGAGUAGAAUAUAUUGAAAUCACUAUGAGUCCAGUAUCUAUAAGCGAAGUUCCUAAAGAACCGUUAUUUGUAGUUCAGCUACUGUGCUGACAGCAGAUGAAUGAGCUAGAUUUUAUGCCAGUGCCAACAUGUAUGAAGUGUAAAGAGUGCCCAUAUGAUUUGGUUUGUUUUCACUGUGAUCAUAUAAUGGGCUUUUUAGAAGAAUAUUGUCAAUUGUGAUAGCCAGUUUUAUUGUUUGAAGUAUUAAUACAGAUGAUUAGACAGAUUUCUGUAGUUGAAAAUAACCUCCUAUGGACAUACAGUCCCAUUUAAUGCACAUCAAGCAAUUCGAUAGGUGAGAUCACUAAUGUGAGAUCACUAAUUUAACAGUUUAGGAGGAACUCAUGUACAGUCUAAUGUAACCCAAUACAACAUCCCUACAAGGAAUUCUACCUUUAUGAAGCGUACAAUGGUCUGUUGUGGUUGACGCUGUGUGAGAGUUGUUGCUUUAACUAUUUUAGCCGUGUUGUUUUGGAUUACAAUAUAUUGAGAGGUGUUUCUAAUCCAGUAUGUCACUGGUAAUGGACGCACACAGAGUCACAUAUACGUAUACAAAUGUUGUCUUCCAUUUGCUGUUGGUUUGGCAGCUGCAGAGGGUUUUGUUUGAAACUUGGCACACAAGUUGUAGAGUUGGACCAGUAUUUACUAAUGAACUAGCUUGACUGGAAAUAUGCACACACCUAGUGGAGAGAUCAUUUGAGUUCUCUGUUACAGGCAUGAUUUAGUACAUUUUAGUGUCAGUAUUGUACUUUACCUCAGCACAUAAUAAUGAAAUUCUCACAUGUCAAUGUGUUGCGUGGAGUAUUGUCAAAAAUGGGACUUGGUGCUCCGUUUUCAUUUGUGUGUGAGACAGUUUGAAGAGUAUUGAUGCAGGAUCACAGUUGUUGAAGAGUGUCAAUAGUUUCUAUACUUAGACCACAGACAUACCGAGGCAGGAUGGUUUAGCUGACGGAGCAGCUGGGUGCAGUGCCAGGUGGAGCAGAGGGCAGGAAAGUGUCACCUUUACCAGAAUAAAGCAGGACGUUUUCUCUGUGAAAUGGGUCUGAGGAUCUCCACUGAAACUAAAGCCGGGUUUCCACCAAAAGUUCCUGUGAUAUUUAGUCUCUAGAACUACUUUUCAAGGAACUAAAAGGUUCCUUCAGCCCAUUGUUAUCUGCGUUUCCAUAGCGAUCUAAAAACAAGUGAAGAUUAGGCAAGCAACAUGACAUGGGACAAGUGUUGCUGGUGGUCACAGCGGUAAACACACUCUGCAGCCUGCAGUUCAGUGUGUCCGCCCGUUUCAUCU